AUGUUUUACUUUACAGUUGAUGGCAGUUGGGGAAACUGGGGGCAAUUUUCCACUUGUUCCAAACCUUGUGGUGGUGGUAUGUUGACUCGACAACGACUUUGUGAUAAUCCAAGUUCCGCAAAUGGAGGUGCGACUUGUAUCGGCGAUCAAACUGAAACUAAGGCAUGCGCAGAAGAUCCCUGUCCAGUGGAUGGAAAAUGGGGAGCAUGGUCAAAUUAUGACACUUGUUCUACAACAUGUGGUAGGGGGACACAAAAGAGGACAAGACAAUGUGAUAAUCCAGCAUCAAGCUUUGGUGGUGCCACCUGUUCGCCUCCUGGUAGCGAAACUCAGUCAUGUAAUCCCAUUUCAUGUCUAGGUAGUACUGUAUUAUUUUUUUUUUACAAUUUGGCGCCAGAAUAUCUCUGCUCAAAUUUUGGUUAG